AUGACAGCGCUUUACUUCUCCCUGUCCACAGAUAACCCCACGCCAGCGCCGAAGAUCUGCUUCUAUCCGGCGAACUUUGCGGCUAACGAUGAGGUGAUUGGCCAGGGCAUAGAUGAGUGGUUGCAAAAGUAUGGGUGGAAUGAAGGGGGAAAGCCGAUGAAGGAAAGAGUCCGCAGUGUCUUCAGGUAA